GAAGUUGAACCGAGCCAGUGCAGUGCAUACGUCCCAGGUGGACACAUAAACAUACAAAUGUACUGAAGAACAGUAAGUCGUUCUAUUAAGGUUAACUAUUGUCUAUUCAGCCAUGUAAGGGCUAUUUAUGUCGCACCUAGUUCCAACUUAUGGUUAUCAACAUGCCAGUCAGCGGAACAACAGAAAAAGGCACAGGAGCUGGCGAUUCCCGUAUACUGGAAAAAAGUAAUAUUCCUCAACCACGAAGGAAAGAAACUGCUAGAACUGCAGAUGGCGUUUACAAGUUACCUUUUUUUAAGCAAACUAAUAAUGGAAUCAACAAAAAUCGACGUGGGCAGAGUAAAUCAGAAAAUAAUGAUGAUUUACUCGGUAAUAACGAUUGGAAAAUUACUGUAAAAAGCCAAGAUGAGUUUCCAGAUCAACAGUUUAACAAAGUUCUUGUCGCAAAAGAUUUGAACAUGCUUGCAAAUCCUAAGAAGUCUAAACUGCUUUCUUCACUCGCUAUUAACGAGAAGUUUAGUAGAAAGUCGAUGUGUCAUGAAGACAAAUCUUUUGCCACAAACAUAACCCGCAACGAUCCAGAAAACGGUACUUUCAAGAAAGAACGUUGUGAAGAUGCCCACGGUAAGUGUAAGAACAUGCAGAGUUAUGAUGGCGAAGAACACACUUCAGUAAAAGAUACAUUUAGUACAAAAAACAACAUUUCACAAAGUAAUAGCUUGGAUAUUCCACUCUCUAAGAUAAACAUUUCAGAAAAUAUCCUCACGAGUGAUCUAGCAUUAUCCUUAAGUGAUAAAGAGCCUGAAGUGACAGAGUGGACGCAUUCUAACAGCAGGGUUACUGAAAACAUACAUUUAGCUGAUGAACUAUAUACUUAUGGCUGUAACAAAACUACAAGGGCGUUCAGCGAUGGUGCAUCUUCUAGGAAAAAUACAGAGAAAGAAGAUAUAUGUCUGGGAUUGAAGGUCUGCAGAUCGGGAGAACAGGAAUUAUUUGCACGGAUUAAUGAAGUAGAAGACACGACGGAAAACGUGAUGGAACUUCGAGAUAAAAAUGAUGAGGCGACUGUAAGCAAGAAACUUGGCAGAGAAAAAAUGUUGCGUCAAGAUGCGGAAUUACGACUUAAAGAAGUUCAGUCAGAGAGUACUCAAUGUAAAGCUCAUCUGGUCAGGCUCCAGCGAGACUUACAAAGGAUGGAAGACAUUGUCAGAAGUCUGCUGCAUUUCAAAUCUCAGCUGGAUCAACUAAGACACGAAAGAACAUCGAUAACUUUAAAGUACGAGAGCAAAAUUAGGAAAUAUCAGGCUUACAUCGCAACACUUGAGAAAGGAAAUUUACUGCUAGUGAAUGAAAUGCAAAGAAAAGAAGAAGAAAAUAACAAAGAAAAAUCCGAGGAGGAAAAAGAAAUUUCUAUUAAUCGCGUGCUUCUGAAACGCAUACAGCUUCUGGAGCAGGAGAACGCCUCAAUUGUUCUGGAGAACGAAGAGCAGAGACUACAGUAUGAGCAUUGCCUGGAUGAUGUAGCUAACCAAGUAGUACAAGCACUGCUUGGGCAAAAGAACCUAAGAGAAGAAUGUGGAAGAUUGGAAGAACGAGUACAUUAUCUGGAACAGCAGAAUACCGUUUUAUGUAGUCUGCUUAAACAAAAACAGCAACCAAUAGAGAUUGGUUUUUCUCCUUUGUGCAUACCGACUUCAACUAGCCAAGGAUUUGAUGACGAGCUACUACAACCACCUCCGGACAUGUCUCAAAAUGAGCUGUGGACCACCUGUUUUCUCAACAGCACGUCUUCCAAUGAUGGACCCAUGAGUUCCAAGCACAUCGAACAAAAUGAAGUUACCAGCAGUUCGGAUAACGCAGGUGAUACAGAAGAAGAAGAAGAAAUCAUUAAUACUGUCCGUUGGAAAAAUUUCAAAAGAAAGAUUUCUAAAAGUCAAUCCGAUGUGCAGUUGGCAAAACAUACAAACAAAACAGAGUUCAUGAAUUUUUCAGGAUACAGUGACUCAGGUAACCUCUGGAAAGUUCCACAACAGCAACGGAAAGCCAUCCAACAUUCCAAAGAACAUUGUAAUGCAUUGUUCAAGCCAACUUUUGAGAAAGAACUUCUUAGUGUUGACAAUUUAUCCCCUUUGAUCUCUUCUAAGAAACUAUCAGUGCCUAGCCAUCGCACAGUCCAAAGUGUGUCAGCUAAGCUCACUCAGCCAAUUAAACAAAUAGAUGACAUUGUGAUUAACAGUUCUCAGCGGAGAUUUAAUUCUAAAGCUCUUCCAUAUUCCACAUCUUCUGUAUACACGUGUGACGAUUCAUCUUUAUCUUACUUGCAUGUUGAUAAUGUUGCUCCAGAAGUCGAAAAUAAUCUAAAAUUUCAAAGUGUGGUACCACCACCUUGCUCAACUCUGGACUAUGACUUCCAAAUGUUUUGUACUGAAAAUCAAAGAAACGAUCCGUCCAAGCUCACGAAACAUUCAAUAUGCAAAAAACGUAACUAUUUUCCGCGGGAAAUUUCUCGAGAAUCUUCUGCCUUAGAAUCUGUUGAUGUAUCGAAAUCUGUGGAACAAAGUACCAAUACCAACCAAUGUACAAACACUGUGGUUCGAAAAAGUCAUUCCAUCAAUGAUACUGGCUUGCAUAACGUUUCCCAGGCAAUAUCAGAUACCGAAUUCUCUGGUUUACUUCAUUCCAAUGAAAACUCCUCUUCAAGGAUUGAACCUGAUCACAUUAGUAAAGACGAAGGAUAUUCCACAAUGUCCAGUGAUAUCCAAGUAGAGAUCAUUGAAAACGAAAAGCCUAACUCACAAGAUGCAAAAUCAUUUUCGAGUAAUACAUUAAAACAUUUUGUAAAAAAAUUGAACGCAAACAUUUUAGCUAGUUACCACAAAGCAUCGAUAGAAAAAGACGGAGAAAUGGUGUCUUCCUCAGACAGUGGACUCGGUCUCAAUCAGUCUUUACAAACCCAUUUAAUGGAAACGGUUAAGACCAAUUCUUUGACGGCUCAGUUGAAGACUACAUUUGAACGAACUAAUUCUUCUAUUCAAGGAAAAGAUAAACUUAAAAAAACUUAUAAUAGUUCUUCGCAAAAAAGUGAGAGAAAUUCAGAAAUAAAUAUCAACUCGGAAAAGAUAAAGGAGAGAUAUAAACCUGAUGGAAAUAAUACUGAAGCAAAUAAUAAAGACAGUGCAUUAAAUGUUGUUGCAGAUUGCUAUGGUGUAACUAGGUUGUACACCCCACAGUCAGUUGAAAUUGUUGAUCUUCUUAGCGAAAAUAAGAAACUGUCCAAGAUUAACCUAUCUACACAUAACAGCAACGUUCAUCUUCAGGCAUCCAAUUACUCACACAAUAAUAAAGAAAUUAUAAGCUCUAGUGUUAAGAGCGUUGGUGAGAUUGCAGAUCCUAAGCCCACAGAAUUAUCAAAGCUUGAAAGAGUAAUCUCAAAGAUUUCGGGUUCUAAGUAUCCUCAUAGAAUAGAUUAUCCUCCCCACGACAGUCUCUAUUCGUCAGUUGCAGCUCGUUACAUGGCUAUCAGUCGGACUCUUUCAGACUCCGUUUUGUACGUCAGUAAAGUAAAACAAUCCUCUGUGUGCAGUAAUGAUAUAGCGAAUUCAAGGCUCAACUUCCUUCCUUUGGAACGACGUGUUUCACUGAGUGAACUUCAGUUCCCAGAAAGUCUAACCACUGGCAAUAAGGAUAAAGCAGAGAAAGGAAACACCGUGCCAUUAUUAGUACAGCAUAUUCAAACAUGGAGAAGACUAGAGGGGUCUCCAAGUUGCAGUGACUCUUUAAGUUCUGUUCACUCCUCUACUUCCGAAGUCACAAACAGUGAAGAAUUUGAGGAUUUGAAUCCAACUAGCCUGAAGUGCUCAAGGGAUAACGAUUUAUGCAGUGCCAGCGAAGAUGAGUAUGAUAUUCCAGAGCAUCACAAGUUUGUUCAACAAUGGCUCCAACUGGAAGGCGAACAAUUAAUGAAAGACUGUCAGAGACUGUACACUGUCGACAAGAAAGAAACUGGAGAAUGGACAUUCCAGCUUUAUUUGGAGGAUGUCAUGAAAUCUACAAGCGAGAGUGAAGAUAACAACAUCGAAGCAGUUAUACCUUCAAACAAUACAAGUCAUUUGGUACUUGGAAGUAUAAAAGAAGAGAAAGAAAUGGAAGAUGAGCCCUUUAAAACUAUAUUAGAGCUUUGUGCCUCUGAUGUAUCAAAGCUUCAUCUUAGCAAAACAGGACCAAGUAAAACCAACGAUAUUACAGAAUUAACUUAUUCCGCAGAUAAACAUCACCACGAGAGCUUUGCUGGAGUGUCUUUUAGAAAAAUAGAUAAAGAAACUGCUUCCAUGAGUGGAUAUGCUAGCUCUGACUGCUCUAGAGAAAUAGACCGGAAACGAGCUACUAUAGCGAAACGUAAUUGGCAAACGACGGAAACUUCAUAUUCUGAUAAAACAGAAAAUGGAUGUAUACCUGUAGCACCGGUUUCAGUUUCUAAGCAUUCCACUGUCAUUCCAAGUGAAAAGCUUCUUUCUGAGAAAAGAACUUCACAGACCUUUCAAAGAAAGGGACAUUUUUCACAGAUCAAGGAAGACUCCGCUCCAAAAACACUUCAGUGUCGUCAUUCAUCUUCUCAUAAGGAUGUCUAUAAUAGUUCUUACUCAGAACGCUCAGAAAUUUGUGAGAAAAAAGAAGAAUGCCAUUUAGAGUCGAAUUCUAAUGAUUGUGAAGAAACAGAAUUAGCAAAAUUAAAUGAACGUUCCAUGCCAAUAAACUCUUGUUUGCCACAUAUAGAAAGCAAAAACGACAGUAGAGAUUUAGCUCAAAAUAAAGAAUACUCAGCGUUGUCAAAACCUGUAACUCAGAACAGCACAAAACACGCCAAAGUAAAGCCCGACAUUCUUCAUAAACCUUGCUCCUUAACGCCUGGUAAUUCCCGAAUUCCUCUUCCAGGAAACCAAAAGAAUGUAGAAUGUAGGCAACAGAUAAAUAACAGAACUAAAAUUCCCGUUUGUAUUAAACCCACUGUUACUGUUUCGAAAAAAGAGAAUAAAAGCUUAGGUGGUCACAAACAAAAAAUGUCACCGAACAGAAAUGUGGCAUAUACUAAAGCGAAAAUAAAUCCUCACGAAAAACAUAAAAAGACAUCAAAAGACUCAAAGAAUAUAGCAAUGAAACAAGAAGAAAAGAUUGAAAAAGAAAUCAGUCAAAAUAUAUCACAACGAAUAAAGAAACCUCUAAUCAAAAACCACAAAAAUCAAAACUAUGAUAAAGCACCCAACAGGAGUACCUUCGAAAGUCCUGAAACUAAAAGCCAGACUGCUUUCCCUAAUCAUCAAAGUGUUAGUGUAGAAUUAGAGCAACUUUCAUUUGAGAGUAGUGCCUUGUCUGUAGCACAGAAAAUUCAGAUUCUUAACAAUUUACUGGACGAGAGCGAAAAUAGCUCAAUUUCUCGUCUCCAUAAUUCAGAUUUUGUUGAAACAUGUAGUGUGUCGCCAGGCAUUGGGCUAGAAGUUGAUGGAAAUGAUAAAGAAGGUUGUAGGAGUUCUUGGAUUCAUGUGUCUCCGGAAGUAGAUAUUCUUAGCCAGCUUGAACAGUCUUCUCCUGGUAGCAGCGAAGAAAGUGAAGAAGAUCUCCAAGAGAAAGAAUCCUAUCACGAGGAGAAGCUAAAUAAUGGUUGCAAUUCCGGGAUUUUUCCAAAGUCACCAGAAAAACAGGAUUUAACAAAGAAAUGCUUAAAAGAUAGGACGAGUUGUCGUUAUGCCAGUAAGGAGGGAGAGAAAGAAGUUCUUAUUCAAAACGUCAAAAGUGAUUCAUUUUCUAUUGUGUCUAACAGUCCUAUCCGUUCAAAAGCCAUUGGCAUGACAGAUAGUUGCAUGUCAGUUCUCUCACAAGAAGAGUGUUCUUCCGAACGUGUCUCUUUUAGCGAUUCCUGUGCCGAGAGUUUCUGCUCAUCAACCAUAAGUCUUGAUUUGUGAAUUCAGUUGAAAAAAUGGUGCAGAUAAAAUCAUAUAAGAAUCGUGAACAAUUUUUUCUCGACGAAGAAUUCUAAAAUUUGGAUUUUUAUCAGGACUUAUUAAUUUUGUUUUUGUUACAUAUUCUUAUGUUAAGUUAGUAGUUUUGUUAACAUAAAUAUUUUGGUUUACAACAUCAAGAACAUUGAAUUUUUUAGAAA